GUUAAAUUCCUUCGCCAUUAGGCCAACAUUCUAAAUGCUCAAUGACACCCUGUUCAAUAGAAUAUGGGUACGCUUGGUUGUAUACCUCGUUCAGAUUCCGUUAUACUUUAUAAUGUCCUAUGUGGCAUUCUCUUUUCUAUACGGCAAACCCCUCAUAUACCAUAUCCUACCCACGAACUCCGCCGUUGGAUCCGUUGUUGUCAGCGUCUUUCAUAGCUGGGUGAUAUGUGAGCUUAUAUUUUUCAUACACUAUUCUCUCGCAAAACGACGCCUGGAAAAGUAUAAUCAAGAAAUACCGGAUAUGAGCCUUGAAGAUCGAUGGGAUCUCAUCAAUCAAUGUCUGGAAACUAUCGACGAUCCUAUUGAUUGGUGCACUGGAUGGUUUCGAGAAAAGGGUACCUUGCGAAGACCUCAUAUAGACGAAAUUUGUCAAGGGAAUAUUCGGGAAUGGUUAGCUUGGGCGUUCUGGGGCAAGAGUAUGCCACGCGUGUCAGCCAAUCCACUGCAUGCCGAGCAAUUGGAUCAGCUACUAGAGCUUGCGUUCGAAAAACUAGGAACCAAGAUUUCAGGCGGAUACAAUGCCCGGUUACAGUGCAUCCGGUUGAAUCUUGACCCUAUCCGAUCCACUUACCGCCCUUUGGUGCUGUACGGAGUUGUUUACGUUCUGACGUAUAUAUUCGACUAUCAUCUAAUGCAAUUGGGUUUCAAUCGCUAUGAAGACGGUAGCAGAGAACAAAGCUGGCGAAGUAUAUUAUUAGAUGACGUCGAGUCUAUCACAGAAGCAAUGUCCGGAGAGAUGCCAUCACCUGGCGGCAAAAUUGUGCACUGGCAUCGACCGGCCACCGCUGAGACAAAAGGACCGCCUAUCGUUUUCAUUCACGGAAUUGCGGCUGGCCUAAUGUGCUAUAACUGGUUUAUCAAAAAGCUGUUGAAGCACUGUGGAGAACAUCGCGGCCUUAUCUUCGUCGAAAUGCCUUACGUCUCAAUGCACAUCAACCAAGCUAUUCCUACCUCUCAUGAACUUGUGGACGAAAUACGCAAAAUGUUGGAUAUUCAUGGAUAUGAUAAGGCCACGUUCAUGGGACAUUCUCUUGGAACUUGCGUUGUUAACUGGGUGGUAAAGGAUAUACCCGAACGCGUUGCCAGUGUGACGCUGCUGGACCCUGUUGUCUUCUUACUACAUUAUAGCGAUCUCGCAUAUAAUUUCGUCCACCGUGCACCGACAAGUCCCAAUGAGCGCUUAAUUAGUUAUUUUGCCGCCCAAGAGCUGUACACGGCCUUUUACAUUGCUCGAAGAUUCGACUGGAACGAUAACAUGAUGUUCAUUGGAAAUCAGGACGGAAAGGCCUACAUCAAGCGAUACGGUGAUGAUAGUAUACCGUUAGGAGAUUUGAAGGUGUUCCUUUCGGAAAAUGACAAUUUAAUCAAUAGCCAACGCGUCCUUCACUAUUUGAAGGCAAGAAAAGUGGAUUGUGAGCUAAUGCCAAAGCUUGAUCAUGCAGCUUUUCUAUUUAGAACCGACUGGGGAGAAACCAUUAGUCGCGUUCAUGCUUUGUAAAUAUAAUCCGUGAUCAAUGAGAAUUCACCAAAUUUGUGCUUGAUUGAUUUCUUUUGCAUCGUAGCUGCAGUUUGGUCUUCAUGCACCAGCA